AUGAGCUCGGACUUCCAGCAUUACAGUUUCAGGAUGCCGAACAUCGGGUUCCAGAACCUGCCUCUCAACAUAUACAUUGUGGUUUUCGGCACGGCCAUCUUCGUCUUCAUCCUCAGUUUGCUCUUCUGUUGCUACUUGAUCAGGCUCAGACACCAAGCACACAAAGAGCUUUAUGCCUACAAACAGGUUAUACUCAAGGAAAAGGUGAAGGAGCUGAACCUACACGAG